UGUGUGUGUCAGUGUCAGAGUAGUGUUUUUGUGUGUGUGUGUGCCGUGUUAUCGUGUGUACGUAUGCGUACGCGCAUUGCCACAUACCACCGCAUCUCGGCAAAAUUAAUAAUAGUUAAUUGUCAUCGGCGGCAACGCAACGACAACGUGUGUGUUGGUGGUGGUAGUUAGUAGCAGUACAUAACGACGAAAAGAAAAGAGAGCAAAAAAAUAAAAAGAGUCGGAAAGUAUACAAUACGAUCGGUCGCAUCAUCGAUCAUGAGCAGCGACGUUUUAUUAUUAGCUCGUGCAACGUCCUCGAGGAUGAAACGAGGGUGAAAAGAACUGCUGCUGAUGAUCGUCGUCUCUCUCGCUGGACACGCUGUGUAUACGGAUGAAGUAAUGAGCAUACAGCCGGCGAUGCGCUAGCGUUGGUACAGUUUUAAUCCAGAAAACGUAAAAAAAGAAGAAAAAGAAAUCGUCGUGCAGGGAGACACCCUUGAUCGAUGAUAGAUCACACUGUAAUCGAGAGUUAUUCUUCGUUGUUGUUGUCAUCGCUGUUGUUGUUAUUAUGUUGAAAUUCGGCAGCAAGAACGACGUCACGGUGGUUUACCGGGCCACCAUCAGAUUGCUCGACGACGCCGAGAUCAUACACUGCGACUUUCAGCCGCAGCACAAAGGCAAGUACAUACUCGAGCAUGUGUGCAAACAGCUCAACAUCCUGGAGACGGACUACUUCGGCCUGCGCUACGUGGACAGUUGUCGACAAAGGCAUUGGCUGGAUUUGGCGAAAACGGCGAUUAAACAGGUCAAAGAUAUGGAGCCGAUACUGUUCAGUUUUCGGGUGAAAUUCUAUCCGCCGGAUCCGCUGCGGCUCAAGGAGGAGAUCACGAGAUAUCAGAUUUAUCAGCAGCUCAAGAGGGACCUGCUGCACGGGCGGCUCUACUGCAGUCCCGGCGAGGCUGCUCUUCUCGCCGCCUGUAUCGUACAAAGCGAACUCGGCGAUUACGAUCCCGAGCUGCACGAGGGCAACUACAUCGCCGAGAACAAGCUGCUGCUGAAGCAGACCGAGUCGAUCGAGGAGAAGGCUCUGGAGCUCCAUCAGACGCAGCUCAAGGGCUUCAGUCCCGAGCAGGCGGAGACGCACUUCCUGAGGCUCGCCGCGCAGCUCGACACCUACGCCGUCGAUCCACAUCCCGUCAAGGAUCAGAAGGGCACGCCGCUCUAUCUUGGCAUCAAUCAUCACGGCAUACUGACGUUCCAGGGCUCUCGCAAGACCAAUCAUUUCCGCUGGCCGGAGGUGCAGAAGAUCAAUUACGAGGGAAAGAUGUUUAUCGUGCAUCUCACCAUUACGGAGGACAUGCGAACGAAGAAAAAGCACACCGUCGGAUUCAAGUGUCCCACGGGCUCGAAUUGUCGCCACGUCUGGAGAUGCGCCAUCGAGCAAAUGUUAUUUUUCACGCUGCCACGAGCUUCGGACGCGCCCGUCAUGAGCGGCGGCUCGCUCUUCUCCUGGGGCACCAAGUUCAAGUACACCGGCAGGACGGAGCGCGAGGUCCUGGAGGAGGUCGGGCCGCUGCGCAAGGAGGAGCCGCCCAUACAGCGCUGCCACUCGACGGGCCUGCGACGCAAAGCGAGCAGCGUGCCGGCGACACCGAGCACACCCAGUCAGGAUCUUUGCGAGAUUCGAUACUCGAGCUUGCCGAGGAGCUGCCACAGCGCGGGACUGGACGGGGCGGGCAUGGGCGACAUCGGCAGCGGUGGCAUGCCACUGAGCUCGCCCUACUGCCCGGACAACACGCUGCCGCUCCUCGAGACCGUCUCCGAGGACCAGGAGAUACACGCGAGAAGAAACAAUGACGAAGAAAAUGACCAUGAAAUGGAUACCACAAGUACUACUACUACCACAACCUGUCAUGUAACAACAACAACAACAACAACAUCAAUUACAACAAGUGAAACAUCAACCACGCCUACUAGUAUCACGACAGAUGCGCCAAAAAUCUCUUCCACCACAAAUAACGAUAAUAAUAAUAUUAACAAUAGCAACAGCAGCAGCAGCAGCAGCAACAACAUUAAUAUCAACAACAACAAUAACAAUAAUAUCACCCCGAUGAAUCAUCAUCCAAGCCGAGUAAAGCUGAAGAUGCAGCAGCAGCAUCUGCCGCUCAUUAGUCACAAAGUAGUCAUAGGCUCGGACGAGCUGCAGGACGGCCGCGACAUCGAUCGGGUCGUGCGUCGUCGCAUCGACGAGUUCAACAAGAGUCCGCGAGUCGUGAGGACGACGGCGCUCAUAGUCAAGCGUUCGUUCGCCCCGGCUAAGCCGAGGCCGCUGCACCCUGCUGCACCCCUGCUCCAGGUGAACGACGCCGUGGCGCGAGUCACCAGCGAUCUGGCCCUGCAGACGAUUAAGUUGGCCAACGGUGACGCGACCAGUUUAGCGAGUUGCAGCAGUAGCACGGGAGCAGGAGGAGGAGGAGGAGACGAUGAUAACGUGGACGGUUCAGUGCUGCAACACGAUUACGAGGGCAGCGACUACUACUUCCGCGACUCGUUCGAUCACUCCUCCUCGGAGAGCCAACUGCUGGACGCCAGCGGCGGCACCCUCACCGGUAGUCGCUCGUCGAUUCACCAGCCCGUGCCGAAGAUGCAACGCCUGCAGAACUCCAAAAUCGGCGGUGGCGGCGGUCUGAUACAGAAGGGCGGCGUCUCGUCGUCGACCUCGGCCCUCGGCGGACCGAACUCGGUGCUGCGCCAUCGUCACUCGCACCUGGGCCAGCAUCAGCAGCACAUGGGCCAGGCCAUGGGCGCCUCGUCGACCAGCGCCUCGGACGCCGCCAACAAGCUGAUGAAGCGGCGCGCCGUGAAAGUCGUCAAGCUGCUGGUGCCCGCCCUCGUGCUCACCGUCACGGUGCUGCUCGUCGUGACGAUCGUCGUCUUCGAGACGGACUCGAAGCUGUUCGAGGCGCUGCGCAAGACCCCGGAGAUGGUGGCGCUGAGGGCGCAGUACUACGCCCCGGUCAAGAACUUCUUGAAGAGAAAGUUCGGCUUUUUCUGAUUAACAAGACUCGAGGAUGGCAAGGCCUCGUCUUCGUCAUCGUCGUCGUCGUUUAUCGCGUAAACGCGCCUCUCUGCGUUCGUGGAGGAGGGAGGGUGGAAAAAAGGGAAUUUUUUCUGGAAUUCUUUGGAAUUAAAAAACAAAGCACUGACUUAACUGUCUGAAUCUUAAAUGUUGGCCAAUAUUGUUACAAUUUACUAUGUCUACUGAAUGACGUCAAGAUCAGUUUGAUUAUGUCGUCUUUGUUGAGUGUAAACGCUAUUAUAAUUAUAAUGUAUGGUAUUAGGGAAUAAAACGUAAUCUAGAUUAUUUUGUAUCGUAAAAACAAUUCAUGUAAAUAUUUUCGACGCAGUGGUUGUAAGGUUAAAGCUCUAGAAGCCUUUUUGAUUAUUUUAUAAACGACUCGCUCUAAGAUGAUGUUUCUUAAAAUGUCAAAAGGUUCGCGAAUGCUUGUUAUUAACAAAAAAGUUUGUACUCGAAAUUCGUGUUUCGAGAUCUAUACAUAACUUCCUAACAUGGGACAGUACUAUUAAGUUUGGGAAACAAAAUAAAAAAAUAUAAUAAAAGAUGAUAAAAAAAGAUCUGUGGCCAACAUUUUACACUGUCAUUGUCACCGCAUAUAUACAUAUACGUUUUGUUGAAUCGACGCUGUCACGAUCUGUUAUUUUCAUUUGUAAUUUCGAAGUUUCGUACACAUCCAUCAACGCUGAUCGAUGCUCUUCGUGCAUAUAUUUUACUCUUACCGUUGGUAAUCGAUACAAAAUAUAACGGAUUGUAUCGCGAGGCAGUGUUAAUUUUUCUGCUUAUAAUUGAGAAACAACAGGUCAGUUGUACGCGUGCAUUGUACGCUCAAAGCAAGCCGAAAAACAUUUUUAAGAGCGCGUGUAAUAUAUAUACAUAUACGAGAAAAAAUCUAGAUAUGUAGCAUAAAAAACUCCAUUAGCUUAUAAAAUAUACAACAAAAAAUAAAUAUGAAAUGCAUAACCGUCAAUAAUACAGCCAAAAAUUUUCAACACAGCAAAUUUUUAAUCAAUAUUUUGAAUCGAAGCCAUCGGUUUUCAUUUUCAUAAAAAUUAAUUGUUCUUUCAUGAUCAGCUUUUCUAAGUAACAAUAUGAUGAUGUUGUCAAUGUAGGAAAAAUAAAAAUAUUUUGCGACUCGAAAUUAACCAGCAACAGAUUCUUUCGACAAAUAAUGUAGAUUUAUAUUGUAAUGAAAUUAUCAAGUAUUUUAUCAAAUGAUAAUACCAUCAGUUAUUUCUAAAAGUGCCUACAAUGCUGUCUUUUUGUAGAACGCGACUUGAGCAAUUGCAAUUUGUAUAAUAUGAAAAUUUUUUGACGAUUUUUUUCGUCAAAUUUAUUAUUCAGCUCUUUAGCUACGAACAAAUCGAAUACUUUUUGACUACGAAUUUUUUUUUAAUGGAAACGCUCUUUUGUGCGCUAUGAAAACCUAUACGAAUUUUUUAAGCAUGUUGUUUAAGUGAACUGUAUGAAAAUUUAUAUACCGAGUCGACUAAUUGCAUGUAAAAUCGGCUAUUCAAAUUUUUUGCUCAGCGAUAAUAAGAAAAAGAAUAAAACAAUAUUCGGUAAACUUGUGGGUUUGCAGCUCCCUGCAAAUCGAUGUAUAAAAUAAUGAAAAAUGUCAAUUGAGAAAUUAAGUAAUCAGUACGUAUUAAAAAUACUCUUAUAAAUGAAAUCUUUUGUAUAUUAUACGGGAGGCUAGAGUGAAAGUGUUAACAAGUAAGAUAAAACAUUACGCAUUGAUAAAAAACAAAAAUUAAUUAAUAAAAGCCGCCGUUAUCUUGCUAUGAUCAAAA